AGGGCUCUAAAUAAAGGUGCCUCUUCACAGCCUGCGGAGGCCAGCUAGAGAAGGUGACAGAAGCCAGAAAAACACAGGAAGAAGACCACGCAAUGUUGGAUGUCAAAAUCACAUCGGCCGUGAUAAUUGACAAUGGAUCGGGAUCAUGCAAAGCUGGGAUUUCAGGGGACCUCAAACCGUGUUCAGUUGUCACCUCAAUCGGCGGCCGCCUGAAAGAAAAAGCAGAGGAAUAUUACAUUGGUGGGAAAGCCUAUUCCCCAAAAGGCGUCUUGUUUGCGAAUUAUCCUAUCGAACGCGGAAUAAUUACUUGCUGGGAUGACAUGGAGAAGCUGUGGAAACAUAUCUAUAUGCACGAGCUUCAAAUCAAAGCCAGCGAGAGGCCUGUGCUGCUUACAGAACCGCCGCUGAAUCCGCUUCCGAAUCGGGAAAAGAUGACCGAGUUGAUGUUUGAAAUCUUUCGAGUUCCGGCUCUGUACCUCGCAGUCCAAGCUACUUUGUCUCUUUACGCAUCAGCACGCACCACUGGGUUGGUGCUGGACAGUGGAGAUGGAGUCACUCACGCUGUUCCCAUCUACGAUGGAUAUUGUCUACCUCAUGGGGUAUCCAGACUCGACGUUGCGGGGAGCGACGUUACGGAAUAUCUCGCCAGUCUCCUUCUGAAGAAUAGCCCGUCUUCCAUCAGCAGGGCCAAGCAAACCAUGGUGAAGGACAUCAAGGAGAAGUUCUGCUACGUGGCUCUGGAGCCCAACCACGAAGCCGAGAAGAAAGCAGAAGAGGUCCUGAAACUGCCGGAUGGCAACGCCAUCAUAAUCCACCGUCACCUCUGCCGAGCGCCAGAAAUCCUUUUCUCACCCAAGAUAGUCGGUGUCGAGGCACGAGGGAUCCAUUCCAUGAUCACCAGGAGCAUUCGGAAGUGUGAUAAAGAUAUUUGUGGCCCGCUGUAUGGGAACGUGGUGCUUUCGGGGGGAUCGUCUCUCUUCCAGGGACUGGAUGAAAGGAUUUUUAAAGAGAUCGAACAACACGUCCCGAAGGGCGUGCCAGUACGAAUCAUAGCGCCCCCUGAGAGAACAUGUGAUUCUUGGCUGGGGGGUUCCAUUAUUACAUCCCUGGUCUCCUUUGUACCCAUGUGGAUUACUCUUAAGGAGUACAAAGAAUUUGGCGCGACAGCAAUCCACCGGAAGUGCUUUUGAGGAGCUUGAAACCACCGCCAAAUUCAAGACUGCCUUGAGGACAGAGGAUGGGAUUAUAUUAAAAUAAGUAAUGAAACGCUAAUUGGUGAGAUUGUAAAUCGAAUAAAAAUGUUCAAUCCUCUGUU